AUGACCAAGGACGCAGAGAAAGAAAAGGAUCGGCCACCCUCCGUCUCCCUCGGCACGACCGCAGAUCUCCACCCCGCCGACUCCAAAGCCGUCAGCGGGCAAACGACCGACACCGAUAGCGCCGAGGAGGUCCGCGAGCGCGUCUUCCAGCAGAGGGUCGCGGCCAACGCCUCGAGCCGGGGCGACACCAACUUGUCCAGCCUCUGGCGCCGCGCAAAGGAGCGCCACAAGCCGGACGACAUCGCCACACAGCCCUCCGUCUUCGACGACCCGGAGCUGGCCAAGUACUUCCAGCCUUCGGACAAGUACGAGAAUCGCCACCGCUUUGAUCCUUCUUUCCGCUGGACGUGGGCCGAGGAGAUACCCCUCGUUCGCAGGAUUGACUGGAAGGUGACCCUCUGGUCGUGCCUUGCCUUCUUCGCCCUCGACCUUGAUCGCAGCAACAUCAGCCAGGCCAACACGGAUAACUUCCUCGAUGAUCUGGGCCUAGACACAAACGAUUAUAACCUAGGGCAGACUGUCUUUCGUUUAUCGUUUUUGCUUGCAGAACUCCCAAGUCAGCUCGUGAGUAAGAAAAUAGGGCCGCUCUUCCUUCUCGAAGGCAUUUUAACCCUCGUCAUCGGCGUCUGGUCCAUCUUCGCCAUGGCCCCCUCUCCCACCCAGACCAAGGCACCUUGGCGCCCAAAAGGAUGGUUCACCGAGCGAGAGGAGAAAAUCAUGGUCAACCGCAUCCUCCGCGACGAUCCCUCCAAGAGCGACAUGCACAAUCGCCAGGCCAUCACUUUCAAGCUCUUGUGGGAGUCGCUCUGCGACUAUGAUAUCUGGCCCAUCUAUAUCAUCGGCCUGACCUUUUCGAUGCCUGCGGGCCCCCGGACCAAUAUCUCACGCUGA